AUGGCGUCCACCAAUGUCGACCCGGCGACGGAGGCGGACUACCUGGACCUGAAGAUGGAGCAGUACCUAUCGGUCCUGUACACCUCCCUUCCGGACCAGCCCGUCUCCACCACCGCCCGCCUCACCGCCCGGCGUGCCACCCCCUCCGACGGCGUAGACCGCAUCAGCGAACUCCCCGACGCGCUCCUCCGCGACAUCAUCUCCCGCCUCCCGGCCAAGGACGCCGCCCGCACCGCCGUGCUCGCCACGCGCUGGCGUGGGGUCUGGCGCUCUGCGCCUCUCGUCCUCAUCGACACCCACCUCUCCGACGGCACCUGGCCCCCCACCGAAAAAUCCGCCGGCGCCGUCGUCUCCGCCGUCUCCCGCGCCCUCGCCUCGCACCCUGGGCCCUUCCGCUGCGUCCGCCUCGUCUACAGCCGCAUGGGCGAGCGCCAAGCUGCGCUCAAGCGCUGGCUCCGUCUCCUCGCCGCCAAGGGCGUCCAGGAGCUCGUCCUCGUCAAUCGCCCGUGGCCGCGUGAGGUGCCCCUCCCCAGCACGCUCUUCACCCUCUCCACCCUUACCCGCCUCUACAUCGGCGUCUGGAAAUUCCCGGACGCGGCCGGCCUCCGCGGCGUCUCCUUCCCUCACCUCUGGGAGCUCGGCCUCUGCCUCGUCGAAGUGGAGAACGGGGACAUCGAUGCCGUCGUCGCCAGGAGCCCCGUCCUGGAGAUCCUCAACAUCCAAGGGAGUCUCAGGGGGAAAUGCCUCCGCCUCGUCAGCCAAAGCCUCCGAUGCGUCCAGGUCUGCACCUCCGUGACCGUGAUGGAGAGCACCGAGGUGGUAAACGCCGAGCGGCUCAUCGUGUGCGAAGAUAUGAACCUCUCCGGCGUGUGCACCAGGGUGAAGAUUGGAAAUGCCCCCAAGCUGAAAUUGUUCGCGUACCUCGAGCCAGGGAAACAUACUCUAGAGAUCGGGGACACCGUGAUCAUGCCUGGAGUGGAGGCGAGCCCAAGCAUGAUGCUCACAACCGUCAAAAUUCUGAGUUUGCAUGUGUGUUUUGGAGUUCACAAAGACAUCAAGAUGAUGCCAGCCUUCCUCGGAUGCUUUCCCAAUGUCGAGGCGCUGCAUAUUACGUCUGCAAAAUGUGAUCAACCCACUGACAAGCUCAACCUCAAGUUCUGGGAAGAUGAGGCUGGCCCCAUCGUCAAUGUGCUGCUGCGCAUCAGGGUGAUGACAUUCAGGGAGUUCCGGGGGGAGCAAUAUGAGCUUUCAUUCCUUCGGUACUUCUUCAAGAGUACAUAUGCUUUAAAUCAAGCAGUCAUUUCGUUGGCCAAUCCAAGCUUCACUUCAAGGUCCGAGGAUGAGAUGAUAUCCAGUGUGGUGAAUAUGAGAAUUGGAAAUUUUGCCAGUGAAUUUGAGGUCCUUUUCUACGUGAGCACCGGUCCUGAGGGACUCAGUCGCUGGACCUUCAAGCGAGGGGCAAAGUUUUCUGAUGAUGACCCUUUUGCAACAGUUAAAAUCAUUCCAAGUUAUCAGAUUUUACUAGAAGGAUUAGCUUUAAUUGCUGGGGUAACUAGUAGUGGUAUUGUAUAA